AUGUUGGAUUCUACUUCAAAAAGAUAUGAAAAACAAAUUCAUAAUUUUAUUGUUGAAUCAAUCAGUUUAACAGAAUCAAAUAAUCAUGAUCAAUAUAAUAUAGAUGUAUACUCAGUACCAUUUUGUAAAUAUGAUCAAAUAAUUGAUCUUUUAUCACGAUGGUCAUUAAAAUGUUUUGAACAAAUUAAUUUAAUAUCAGCAUUUUAUUUUAAAUUAAUUCAUUAUCAACCUCUUAUUAUUAUUCAUUUAAUGAAAGGUGAUUUAAAUGAAAAUAAAAAUGAUUAUGAAAAAUUUUCAAAUUAUUUUCAUAAAAAUAAUAAAAUAUUUGAUUUAAUUGCAAAAAAAGAACCAAAAGAAUUGAUGAAUUUAACAAUUGAGUAUUUAAAUCAAUUAGAAAAACAUAAAAGAUUUUUACCAUAUUUUAUUCAUUGCAAACAAAAAUAUGAAGGAAAUGAAGAUAGUCUUCAACUAUUUCAAAUGUAUCCAGAAUUUACAACACCACUUUCUAUUCAUAUAUUAUCACAAUAUGAACGUAAUGGAACAAGUGAUGAUAAAAAACGUUCAAAUAUUAAUCAACGUAUUAUAAAUUAUCAACUUUUUCUUCAAUGUGUUAUAUCAACAAAUGAACAAUAUGUUAAAAAAGUUUUUGAAUGGAUUGAAAAAAGAUUUACUAAUGAACAAUUAAAUGUUAUUGAAAAUUUCUUAGAUAAAUUAAUUUCAUAUAAUAUGCGAUUUAAUUUAGAAUAUUUAUCAAAUAAUAUUAAUUCAAUUCAAACUAUUAUUGAUAUUGCUAUUAAUUAUUCACAACAAUCAACAUAUACCUUCCAAAUUAUUUUAUCUUAUGAAAUAUUUUUACUUCGAUCUAUUGAACAAUAUUCAAAUAAACAACAAAAAGAAAUCAUUCAACAAUUUGCUAAGAAAAUUAUCAAACAGUAAGAAUAAAUAAACUUUCACAAAAGGAUGUACAUAUGAAGUUGGAGAGAGUGUAGCCAAAACAUGUCUUUUUGAUAAACAACAAACAAGAAUCUCACCUAUCAUAAAGUUUUUGUUCUCUCGAAUAUGUUCAGUUUUAAUGUGUAUUCAAUAUCAAUGGUACUCACAAAUGUAACAACAUUCAUAUUACUGCUCCAGAAAAUGAUUGGUCCCCUAUGUCAGAAAUGUUUGAAACAUCUCUCGAACGUCCGUAAUGCAAGAUCCCUUAUAUUUUAAAUUACAAUCUAACAAGGAAACAUUUCCAAGUGUCAAAUCGCUUUUGAGUCAAGAGUAUGAGCAUAAGACAGAUCCCAAUGAGAUAUGCAAAACCCGAAAAUGAUAAGUGCCUUUAGGCCUUCUAUCCAGAGUUAUAGGCAUUUUACUGAAAUUUUAGCCUCUGACAUAGUAAAUAUCAAUAGAACGAAUGGAGGUAUUUCGACCUAAGAUUUUGCCCACAGAUAGGUCUAGUUGUGAGUAGGAUACUCUGAAAAUUUCAGCUCAAAAGAAUGUUUCCUUCUCGAGAUAUUAAAGUC